GGCAGACGGGAGGCGGGGCCGGCGCGGCGGGACCCAGAGCCUCGGACCAGCGGCGGGCACCCGCGAGCGGACGGCGGCCGCGCAGUGAGCAAUGGCCUGAGCCCCCAUGGCUGCCCCUCAGGACCUGGACAUCGCUGUGUGGCUGGCCACGGUGCACCUGGAGCAGUAUGCAGACACGUUCCGACGGCAUGGCCUGGCUACAGCAGGUGCAGCCCGGGGCCUGGGCCACGAGGAGCUGAAGCAGUUGGGCAUCAGCGCCACAGGGCACCGGAAACGCAUUCUGCGCCUGCUGCAGACAGGCACCGAAGAGGGCUCCCUGGAUCCCAAAUCGGAUAGUGCCAUGGAACCAUCCCCCAGCCCAGCCCCGCAAGCCCAGCCCCCUAAGCCCGUGCCGAAGCCCAGGACCGUGUUUGGUGGAUUCAGUGGCCCUGCCACCACUCAGAGACCUGGGCUGAGCCCAGCCCUCGGGGGACCAGGAGUGUCCAGGAGCCCAGAGCCCAGCCCAAGGCCCCCUCCUCUCCCCACUUCCUCCGCUGAGCAGUCUUCAGCCCUAAAUACUGUGGAGAUGAUGCCUAAUUCCAUCUACUUCGGCCUGGACUUAAGAGGCAGGGCACAGGCAGCUCAGGACAAGGCCCCAGACAGCUCCCAAACCUCUGCCCCCACCCCUGCCCUCAGGCCCACAACAGGCACAGUGCACAUCAUGGAUCCUGGUUGCCUGUACUAUGGUGUCCAACCUGUGGGGACUCCAGGAGCCCCCGACAGAAGAGAGAGCAGAGGUGUUUGUCAGGACAGGGCUGAACACAGGCUCAGCAGGCAGGAUCUGGAGGCACGGGAGGAUGCUGGCUAUGCCAGCCUUGAGCUGCCUGGAGACUCCACCCUCUUAUCGCCCACCCUGGAAACAGAGGAGACCAGUGAUGACCUCAUUUCACCCUAUGCCAGCUUCUCCUUCACGGCAGACCGCCCCACGCCCCUGCUCAGUGGCUGGCUAGACAAGCUCUCCCCUCAGGGAAACUAUGUCUUCCAGAGACGCUUUGUGCAGUUCAAUGGGAGGAGUCUGAUGUACUUUGGCAGUGACAAGGACCCCUUCCCUAAGGGUGUGAUACCUUUGACUGCCAUUGAGAUGACCCGCAGCAGCAAGGACAACAAGUUCCAGGUCAUCACCGGCCAGAGGGUGUUCGUGUUCCGCACAGAGAGCGAGGCUCAGCGGGACACAUGGUGCUCCACGCUGCAGUCCUAUCUGAAGGAGCAGCGCCUCCUGGGCCACCCCCGGCCCCCUCAGCCACCCCGACCCCUCCGCACGGGCAUGCUGGAGCUGCGUGGACACAAGGCCAAGGUGUUUGCUGCCUUGAGCCCUGGAGAGCUGGCACUGUACAAGAGUGAGCAGGCCUUCUCUCUGGGCAUCGGGAUCUGCUUCAUCGAACUGCAGGGGUGCAGCGUCCGGGAGACCAAGAGUCGAAGCUUCGACCUGCUCACACCCCAUCGCUGCUUCAGCUUCACAGCCGAGUCUGGGGGUGCUCGGCAGAGCUGGGCGGCCGCUCUGCAGGAAGCAGUAACCGAGACCCUGUCUGACUACGAGGUGGCUGAGAAGAUCUGGUCUAAUCGGGCCAACCGGCACUGUGCGGACUGUGGGUCCUCCCGCCCAGAUUGGGCCGCUGUCAAUUUGGGGGUGGUCAUCUGCAAGCAGUGUGCAGGUCAGCACCGGGCCCUGGGUUCCGGGAUCUCCAAGGUGCAGAGCCUGAAGCUGGACACGAGUGUCUGGAGUAAUGAGAUAGUGCAGUUGUUCAUUGUCCUGGGAAAUGAUCGUGCCAACCGCUUCUGGGCAGGGACCCUACCCCCAGGUGAGGGACUACAUCCAGAUGCGACCCCUGGCCCCCGGGGAGAGUUCAUCUCCCGAAAGUACCGUCUGGGUCUCUUCCGGAAGCCCCACCCUCAGUACCCAGAUCAUAGCCAGCUUCUCCAGGCACUGUGUGCAGCUGUGGCAGGACCCAACCUGCUGAAGAACAUGACCCAGCUCCUCUGUGUUGAGGCCUUUGAGGGCGAGGAGCCCUGGUCCCCCCCAGCCCUUGAUGGCAGUUGCCCUGGCCUCUUGCCCUCAGACCCCUCCCCUGGUGUGUACAAUGAGGUGGUGGUGCCUGCUACUUACAGCGGCUUUCUGUACUGCAGUCCCAUCAGCAACAAAGCUGGACCCUCACCCCCUCGCAGGGGCCGGGAUGCUCCCCCCCGCCUAUGGUGUGUGCUGGGAGCAGCUCUGGAAAUGUUUGCAUCAGAAAACAGCCCUGAACCCCUCAGCCUCAUACAGCCCCAGGAUAUUGUAUGUCUGGGUGUGAGCCCCCCACCCACUGACCCGGGUGACCUUGACAGGUUCCCCUUUUCCUUUGAGCUCAUCCUCACUGGGGGGAGGAUCCAGCAUUUUGGCACAGAUGGAGCUGACAGUCUGGAGGCCUGGACUAGUGCUGUGGGCAAGUGGUUCUCCCCGCUGAGCUGCCACCAGCUGCUGGGCCCUGGGCUGCUGCGGCUGGGCCGCCUAUGGCUGCGGUCCCCCUCCCAUACAGCCCCGGCCCCUGGUCUCUGGCUGUCAGGGUUUGGCCUCCUUCGUGGUGACCACCUCUUCCUGUGCUCAGCGCCGGGCCCUGGCCCCCCAGCCCCUGAGGACAUGGUGCAUCUGCGGCGGCUACAGGAGAUCAGUGUGGUUUCUGCAGCUGACACCCCAGACAAGAAAGAGCAUUUGGUCCUGGUGGAGACAGGAAGGACCCUGUAUCUGCAAGGAGAGGGCCGGCUGGACUUCACGGCAUGGAACGCAGCCAUUGGGGGCGCGGCUGGUGGGGGCGGCACAGGGCUGCAGGAGCAGCAGAUGAGCCGGGGUGACAUCCCCAUCAUCGUGGAUGCCUGCAUCAGUUUUGUUACCCAGCAUGGGCUCCGGCUGGAAGGUGUAUACCGGAAAGGGGGCGCUCGUGCCCGCAGCCUGAGACUCCUGGCUGAGUUCCGUCGGGAUGCCCGGUCGGUGAAGCUCCGACCAGGGGAGCACUUUGUGGAGGAUGUCACUGACACACUCAAACGCUUCUUUCGUGAGCUCGAUGACCCUGUGACCUCUGCACGGUUGCUGCCUCGCUGGAGGGAGGCUGCUGAGCUGCCCCAGAAGAAUCAGCGCCUGGAGAAAUAUAAAGACGUGAUUGGCUGCCUGCCACAGGUCAACCGCCGCACACUGGCCACCCUCAUUGGGCAUCUCUAUCGGGUGCAGAAAUGUGCGGCUCUAAACCAGAUGUGCACGCGGAACCUGGCUCUGCUGUUUGCACCCAGCGUGUUCCAGACGGAUGGGCGAGGGGAGCACGAGGUGCGGGUGCUGCAAGAGCUCAUCGACGGCUACAUCUCUGUCUUUGACAUCGAUUCUGACCAGGUAGCUCAGAUUGACUUGGAGGUCAGUCUUAUCACCACCUGGAAGGAUGUGCAGCUGUCUCAGGCUGGAGACCUCAUCAUGGAAGUUUAUAUAGAGCAGCAGCUCCCAGACAACUGUGUCACCCUGAAGGUGUCCCCAACCCUGACUGCUGAGGAGCUGACUAACCAGGUACUGGAGAUGCGGGGGACAGCAGCUGGGAUGGACUUGUGGGUGACUUUUGAGAUUCGCGAGCAUGGGGAGCUGGAGCGGCCACUGCAUCCCAAGGAAAAGGUCUUAGAGCAGGCCUUACAAUGGUGCCAGCUCCCAGAGCCCUGCUCAGCCUCCCUACUCUUGAAAAAAGUCCCCCUGGCCCAAGCUGGCUGCCUCUUCACAGGUAUCCGACGUGAGAGCCCACGGGUGGGGCUGUUGCGGUGUCGUGAGGAGCCACCCCGCUUGCUGGGAAGCCGCUUCCAGGAGAGGUUCUUUCUGCUGCGUGGCCGCUGCCUGCUGCUGCUCAAGGAGAAGAAAAGCUCUAAACCAGAACGGGAGUGGCCUUUGGAAGGUGCCAAGGUCUACCUGGGAAUCCGCAAGAAGUUAAAGCCCCCAACACCGUGGGGCUUCACAUUGAUACUGGAGAAAAUGCACCUCUGUGACCCUCUCUCUCCCUCUGAUUCCACUCUGAUCACCCCAGCUACUUGUCCUGCACUGACGAGGAUGAGAUGUGGGAUUGGACCACCAGCAUCCUUAAAGCCCAGCAUGACGACCAGCAGCCAGUGGUCUUACGACGCCGUUCUUCCUCUGACCUUGCCCGUCAGAAGUUUGGCACUAUGCCUUUGCUGCCUAUCCGUGGGGAUGACAGUGGAGCCACCCUCCUCUCUGCCAAUCAGACCCUGCGGCGACUACACAACCGGAGGACCCUGUCCAUGUUCUUUCCGAUGAAGUCAUCCCAGGGGUCUGUGGAGGAGCAAGAGGAGCUGGAGGAGCCUGUGUACGAGGAGCCAGUGUAUGAGGAAGUAGGGGCCUUCCCUGAGUUGACCCAGGACACUUCUACCUCCUUCUCCACCACACGGGAGUGGACAGUGAAGCCAGAGAACCCCCUCACCAGCCAGAAGUCCUUGGAUCAACCCUUUCUCUCCAAGUCAAGCACCCUUGGCCAGGAGGAGAGGCCACCUGAGCCCCCUCCAGGCCCCCCUUCAAAGAGUGGUCCUCAGGCACGGGGGUCCCUGGAGGAACAGCUGCUCCAGGAGCUCAGCAGCCUCAUCCUGAGGAAAGGAGAGACCACUGCCGGCCUGGGAAGUCCUUCCCAGCCAUCCAGCCCCCAAUCCCCCAGCCCCACUGGCCUUCCAACACAGACACCUGGCUUCCCCACCCAACCCCCGUGCACUUCCAGUCCACCCUCCAGCCAGCCCCUCACAUGACCCUAGGACCAGCAGUCUGAGAGGGUAGGUACCAGAAGACCCUGAAGCUCUUAUCAUGGCACUGUUGCAGCUUCCUCUGCCCUGGCUGGAAAGACUCCAGAAUCCAGUGUGGUGCUGUGGAAGGAGCACUGGACUGAAGGCUUCAGUGGCUGCGUGUCCCAGGACAGGUCAUGGCCCCUCUCUGGGCCCAGCCCAUUUAUCUGUACCAUGAGGUAACUGAAGUAAGGAGAGCAGUGAAUGUCAAACUGUGUUUCUUAGAACCAUAAGCCCCACAUAUUUUCCCUGAACAAGGGCAGCUCCUGCUUUAUAUAUUUGAUAUGUAGGGGUUCUGUGAGAGAUUUUGGGUUUUAAAGGAAUGGUUUUACUGCAUUAAAGAAAAAAAAUGCUUUGGAAACCAGAGGCCUGGAUGAUGUUAAAGUCUAUCCUGUCCCACUUCCUACAUUCUGGGACUACAGUGAAGCCUGGAGUAGGGAGAGUGAUUGAGUUUGGGAGCUGGGACGGGGGGAGUCAAAAAUAGAUGAGUAAUUGUCAAUAAACCUUGGAACCAAAA